AUGAUCCACUAUUUGUUUCUUUCAAAAUUUCCAAGAUGGGCAAUGGCUAUAACGUUAUAUUCGAGUUAUUACGAAUAUUAUUAUAAGUUUAACACAAAAUGCAAACUAAUUAAAUACCUUAGAUCUCAAUAUCCAAAAGAAGCCGGACCACAGAAGGCUCUUGGACUUACUUUCGAGAAGGGUGAAAAGAUUUCGUUUCAUUAUUCCGAAUUUUUAUACUAUAACAAGUUUGUUAAGCUGGAUGAUAACGAUAUUAGAUUCUUAGGGAAAUACAUUAUCAAAAGAUUUAUUGAUGAUGUUGAUCAAGGCCUAGUUCCUUAUUCAGUUGUCAAUGUAUAUGGAUAUCUCUUUGGAGGAAUCAUAUAUAGAUAUGCUAUUCUUGAGAACGCAGACGACGAUGUGAUUGAAUCAAUCAAAACAUUUGCAAGAUGUUUCCGAAUGUGUGACUGGAACCUUCAUGUUCGUAAAUAUAAAGAACCUAAAAUCAGCUACUUCUACUAUGAUGGUACACAAAACAAAAUGCCAUGGCAAGAGUUUAUGCCGCCGUUAGAAAUUGUAAAUAAAGAUCCGGUCUUUUGA